AUUGACAAAUUGAACGUUUCAAGAAAUGUGACUAUUAAUGCUCGCCUUUCCACCGGGAGCAUUAGAGCCAUAGACAUGGCAGCUGCGAGGAAGAAGCACGAGGCAACCUCCAAGAUAAAGUCCAUCACCACCUCCAACUUCGACACAGAUUUAGAGCAUCUCGGGUACAAGGAACAUCUCCAGGGCGUAUAGAAAGAGAGAAACCGACUGAAUUUCGGUCGCCGACGACGGACGAACGGAGAAGAACAAGAAGGGAAGAAACCGAUUUUAGUUCCUCGCGUUGAGGCGAAAAUGGGCCUUGGAAAUAACAUAGGGAAGUACCAAUUCAGCAGGAUCAUUGGGGAAGGCACCUUUGCCAAGGUCAAGCUCGCAGUGGACAGCACCAACGGCCAGUACGUUGCGAUCAAGAUCAUCGACAAGCAGAUGGUCAUGAAGAGCAAUCUCAAGCAUCAGGUAAAAAGAGAGAUAAAAACAAUGAAGCUACUGCAUCACCCCAACAUCGUCCGGAUCCAUGAGGUCAUUGGUACGAAGACAAAGAUCUACAUAGUAAUGGAGUAUGUAUCAGGAGGACAGCUUUCAGACAAGCUGGCUUAUUCGAAAAAAUUGGACGAAUGUGAAGCAAGAAAGCUCUUCCAACAACUGAUUGAUGCGGUGGACUAUUGUCAUAGCAGAGGUGUUUGUCACAGAGAUCUCAAGCCUGAAAAUUUGCUUCUAGAUAACAAGGGAAAUCUGAAAAUCUCUGACUUUGGAUUAAGUGCUUUGCGAAAGCCUGGAGAUCUGUUGUCUACCGCAUGCGGCUCCCCAUGCUAUGUAGCACCUGAGCUACUGAUAAAGACGGGAUAUGAUGGGGCACCGGCAGAUAUUUGGUCUUGUGGGGUAAUUCUCUUCGAGUUACUGUCUGGGACUUUGCCUUUCGAUGAUCCUAACCUCAUCAAUUUGUAUAAGAAGAUCUACAGAGCAGAAUACACAUUUCCCCCGUGGUUCACAGAAGGUCAAAGAAAGAUAAUCUCCAGAAUACUUGAACCGAAUACUAAAAAGAGAAUGACGAUACCUGAGAUAAUCGAAGAUGAAUGGUUCCUGAAAGACUAUGAGCCUGCAUAUGGAUAUGAAUGCGAUGAACAAAUCCAUCUGGAUGAUGUUAAUGCUGCAUUUGACUCCUCUGAGGAGAACGAUGGCCAGAAGAAGAUGCCAAAAUCCUCCAGUUUCAUAAACGCUUUUCAAUUGAUAGCCAUGUCCCAUGACCUUGAUCUAUCAGGUCUUUUUGAAGCACAGGAUGAAGACAAACACAAAACCAUGCUUGUAUCCAAGCACUCAAUAGAUGAGACAUUAAAGAAAAUAGAAGCAGCUGCAGCAGAUGUCAGCUUGGCGAUUGAAAUGUCGAACAAUAAGGUGAAGAUGCAUCCAGUGCAAAAGAUGACCAGGUCUGCCCGGUCAUGCUUGAACUUUUCAGCAGAGGUGAUUGAAGUGGCUCCCAUUUACUGUGUUGUAGAAAUUUCAAAAUCUUCAGGGGAGCUCGGCGACUAUAAAAAGUUUUGCCAAAGUUUGUCCAGCCUAUUGGCAGAGAAAUCCGGUAUUUCGUCACAAAGUCGUGGGUUAGACUUCUUCAACAUUGACAGCAAAGGCGUCGAACAAGCUAGAUGUUAUCAGGAGGAAGCUAGGCCUGAUGCCAAUGCCCUCCGUGGCUAUUCGUCCUCCUGAUCAUAAUUUUUCUCAACCUCUUGUGCUCUCAAGAUUGUUGAGCCUAUGAUGACGAAAAUCAAAUACUGUAAAGCAUGUUAUGAUAUAAUUGAAACAUCAAAUUAAAAUUAAAAAAAAAAACCAAAAAAGGAAGUCACAGAACGGAGAUCUGCUGCCAAAUGCAACAGGACGCGUAAAAAUCAGUUUGAUAGGAUGAAAAGAGCUCUUUUGGUUCUUCUUUGCUGUAUUAGAUUUUUUCUGUUUCUUUUCAUUUCAAAAGAUCUUCUUGAAUGAUGUACAGGCAUGAGGUCUUCAUUACUUUAUUCAUUCAAAGAUCAAUAAGAUAUGUGCUCUGUUCCCCA